GAACCGCAGCGGAGUGAAGUCCAACCCAUUCACACUCGGAGCCUCUGCUGCAGCCAGGGAGGAUCGCGCUGCUUUUCCCCAGCUUUGUUACGACCUUCCUCGUAUAAAUGCUCGACAAGCUGAAGCCCGUCGUCCAGCUCGACUCCGUGAUGGCGAUCAGUAAGACGGCGGGCUGGCUCCGGGAGCAGCUGGAGACGCGGAGGGACGCGCUGCUCGUCAUGGACUGUCGGGCCCAGGAGCUGUACGAGUCGGCGCACGUCGAGACGGCCAUCAACGUGGCCAUCCCCAGCCUCAUGCUGCGGAGGCUCAAGAAGGGGAAUCUCCCCGUCAGAUCGCUGCUCUCCGACGGCGAGGACCGCGAGAGGUUCGUGCGCCGCUGCAAGACGGACACCAUCGUCCUGUACGACGAGUACAGCCGGGAGUGGAACGAGAACGUGGACGGGGGCUCGGUGCUGGGGUUACUGCUGAGGAGGAUGAAGGACGAGGGCUACAAGGCCUUUUAUCUGGAGG